AUGCCGGAAGGCGCGCCGGAGACCCCCUGCACCGUGUGCUGCUGCACCCUCACCAACAAAGUUCUGGUGCUGCUCUUCAUGGUGCUGCUCAUCCUCGCCAUCCUCCUGGGCAACGCCGUGACCCUGGCGGUCAUCCUGGGCACGAAGCACUUCCGCACGCCGCACGGCUACCUGAAAGCGUCGCUGGCCGUGGCCGACCUGUCCGUGGGCGUCUUCGUGGUGCCCCUGUCCGUGUACGCGGAGACGUCCAUCCUGGUGCAGUCCGAGCCCGAGUGGACGAGGAGCGACUCGCGGCGCGCGCCGCUGCACCCGUGCGCCUUCGCGGGCCCCGUGUUCGCCGCGUGCACGCUCGUGUCCAUCAGCACCAUCUUCCUGCUGAGCAUCGAGCGCAGCAUCGCCGUCCUCCGGCCGCUGCACAAGGGGGCGGUCCUCACCAGGAAGAGGACGAGCAUCCUCAUCGUGGCCUCGUGGCUCGGCAGCCUCGUGCUCGCCGUGUCGCCGAUGCUGCACAGCGACGGCGUCGCGCUCGAGUACAACGCGUGCAGCAGGAUGUGCAAUUACGCGCGGCGCGCGUCGCCGGGCGCCUCCUGGAACAUCCUGCUGCUCUUCCCCGCGUUCGACUUCGCGCUGCUGGGGGGCACGGUGGCCGUGAACGCGCUCUCGCUCUCCAGCAUCCGGCAGCACUCCAAGCGACGGCAGCGCCUGGCCGAGGCGGACGCGGCGCGGCGCGUCGCCGGACCCGCGUUCUCGGACGUGAAGGCGGCCAAGACCAUCGGCGCGCUCACGCUCGCCUUCGCCGCCUCCUUCAGCCCGAUCGCCGUGUUCGUCGUGGGCAACGUGCUGGGCAACGAGUGGUGCAACUUCUCCUUCUUCGCCUUCUGGACCCUGACCACCAACAGCUGCUGCAACGCGCUCGUCUACAGCAUCCGGGACCAGAAGUUCCGGCAGCGCGCGCAGCAGCUUCUCGCGCCCCUCCGCGCAAGGAGCGUCUCCAAGACCUAG